GUAUCCGGUCUGAGUGACGAUGCUGCGGAUACAAAAAAGAGAAAGGGAAAAUAGGAAUAGCUAGCUAAGAACAGCGAAAAACGAUUUACUCUUGUUUAGAAGUUUUGCGGAUGCUAAAUCAGUAUUUUUGAUUACCUAUGUCAAGUAACUUAUGUUAGCUAGCCAAUAGAGAGAGAUGAUAGAUAUUUGAGAAUAUUUAGCAUUAUCCUAGCUGGCUUAGCUAGCAACGUUAGCUACCAAGGUGGAAAUUGUUUGACAGCACAUUGUCUGGGUGACUAGCUAUUUCGCUCUUUUUGUUUUUAUCUUUGACUUUUUAUUAAUCUUGGUGAUAAUGGCAACAUCGGCACUGUACGCGUGUACGAAGUGUAACCAGCGGUAUCCGUUCGAAGAACUGUCGCAGGGACAGCAACUGUGCAAGGAGUGUCGCAUCGCUCAUCCCAUCGUCAAGUGUACAUACUGCAGAUCAGAGUUUCAGCAGGAGAGCAAAACAAACACCAUUUGCAAGAAGUGUGCCCAGAAUGUAAAGCAGUUUGGGACGCCUAAACCCUGCCAGUACUGUAACAUCAUUGCUGCUUUCAUCGGGACAAAGUGUCAGCGUUGCACUAACUCGGAGAAGAAGUAUGGCCCUCCACAGACCUGCGAGCAGUGCAAACAACAGUGCGCAUUUGACCGCAAGGAGGAGGGCAGGAGAAAGGUGGAUGGGAAGCUGCUGUGCUGGCUAUGCACUCUGUCCUACCGCCGUGUGCUGCAGAAGACCAAGGAGCAAAGGAAAGGCUUCAGCUCCUCCCACUCCAACACCUCCUCGCUCAAUGAGAAGGACCACCACUCCAGACAGCAUCAUCAACACCACCAGCAGCACAGACACAGCAGCUCACAUAAACUCAGUGGGAGCCUAAGUCCAGAACAGGAGCAGGGACUGUGGAAGCAGAGGUCUGAUGGAGAGCCUCCGUGGCUAAAGUUGUGUGUUGGUUCUCCCCUCAGCCAUAAAUCGUCUUCGAUCCAGAAGGAGACCCCAAAGAAGAAGCCAAAACUGGAGGUGAAGCCAUCCAACGGGGACAGGUACGAGAGGAGUUUCAAUCACAUUAGUUCCAUCACCCAAUCUAUGGAUUCUGGAGGAACGGACAACUUCAUUCUGAUCAGCCAGCUGAAAGAGGAAGUGAUGUCAUUAAAGAGAAUGCUUCAGCAGAGGGAUCAGACAAUACUGGAGAAGGACCGAAAGCUCACAGAAAUCAAAGCAGACUUCCAGUACCAGGAAUCCAACAUGAGGGUUAAGAUGAACAACAUGGAGAAGGCACACAAAGAGGCCAUGGAACAGCAACAGGCCAAAAACCGGGAGCUGCUGAAACAAGUGGCCGCCCUCUCAAAGGGCAAGAAAUUUGACAGGACAGGGAGUUCACUGCUGUUACCGUAACGACAAGCCCACCCAACCACGGCUCAGAGUGGCUUCAUUGUUUUAACGCUGUGAAAGCCUGAUGCCAUUCUACCUUUCCCUCCCUCCUUCCUGUGUUUUCUCAAUCGUUUUGAUCCUUUUCAGUUAUGUUCUUUGUUGGAAAACUGGUGACCAUGCUGUAUAUGGAAAUCCUCUUUCAUGUUGACGUGACAAUAAGGACGCAUCCUCCAAAUUUCAACAUGUUUUAACCCUGAGUUUUAAUCUGCCAUGUGAUGUGACUGUGGAGGGAGGAGAGGAGAGAGCCUCGUUAACACUGCCCGGGUCCAACAGCAUGUUUUGCGCAAGGUGGAUACAAUUCUGUCAACAUCACAGAUCCCACUUGAUUUUUACGGAUGUCAUGCAAUUUUAUUUAUUUAAUUACAUUUUGUAGCUUUUGUUUUUUCUCACCACAUACUCAGAGCAUUUCCCAGGUUUGGGAGAUUUUUUUUUCUUCAACAGCAACUUUCUCGUAACAUAUUAAUUAUAUUUUUCUAAAUGGACGUAAUUAUGGAAGAGGAACUCUCCUCCUUAUUGGAGACCCUUCUCAACUUACUAUGUAUGCAAAUGUCAACAGGGUGACUGACAACAGCAUUGCUGCCCAGCAGCAGAGACCUCCCUCGACGUUCAAGUCCAAAAACCAUGAACUCUACGAGAUAUAUUUUUAAACUUUGUUUUGUAGAGACACCUCCCAGCUGCCCUCUUUCUCACUGUGUGACAGCGGUAGUGCUUUGCUGUUUUUCUGUAGUGGAACGAUUUGCAUGACUUACUGCCAUAUACAGGUUGGCAUUGUGGUCUCCUGUACUGUAAUGUAGAGGUUCUCAAAUUGGGGUCCACGGGCCCCUGGGGGAGAUACUGCAGGAGGUCUGCAGCCAGAUCAACAAAAAAAUGUUUUUACAUUUAAAAAAUGUAAUAUUACUAACUACAGAUUCCAUUUUGAUCCAUGGAUUAAGUUUAGAGGGUGUAGUAUUAUUAAUCUACAAUUUAUGUUCUUAACUCUUGGGAACUUUGC